UUUCACAUUAUGUUACUUCAGCUUGUUCUUGUUGGGGUGUAUAUUGUUAUGUACAGAGGUGUAGCAGAUGCUUCUAUAUCUCCAAUGGAGAAACAUGAGAAAGAGGCAUUGUACUCUGCUAUUCAAGGUUUUGUUGGAAAUGAGUGGAAUGGUUCAUUUCUUUAUCCUGAUCCUUGUGGCUGGACAUCAAUUGAGGGAGUAUCAUGUGAUUUCUCCAAUGGCUUCUGGCACGUAACGGAUUUAACUAUUGGAGACCUAUAUGACAAUUCCCUUCGUUGCUCCCAAGCUGCAGAGUUCACAGAACACUUGUUUAACCUCAAGCAUCUAAAAAGACUUUCCUUCUCAAAUUGCUUCCUCUCAGAUCAGCACAAAUCAAUUCCCAUUUCAAAUUGGGAUAGUCUCGCGAACAGCCUUGAAUCGUUAGAGUUCCGAUCAAAUUCUGGUCUUAUUGGGACAAUUCCCACAAGUUUUGGCUACCUUAAGAAUCUUCAAUCUUUAGUACUGCUGGAAAAUGGACUGAAAGGAGAAAUACCAGAAGCUUUAGGCAAUUUAACUAAACUAAAGCGCCUCGUUUUGGCAGGCAACAAUUUUAUUGGUCCUAUUCCAACUAGUCUAGGAAGAUUGACAAAUCUUUUGAUACUUGACACAAGCAGGAAUUUUCUAUCUGGUGCAUUACCUGUGACUAUUGGUGAUUUAUCUUCGCUCAUAAAGCUCGACUUGAGCAACAAUCGAUUAGAUGGAAAAUUGCCUCGAGAAAUUGGAGGACUAAAGAGUCUAACACUACUUGAUCUCAGCCACAACAAUUUCUCUGAUGGUUUGCCAGAGACAUUUCAAGAAAUGGAUUCCUUAGAAGAACUUGUGUUAUCUGACAAUCCGAUAGGCGAUUAUGUUACAAGAAUUCAAUGGAGGAACAUGAAAAACUUGGAAAUGUUGGAUCUUUCAAACACGGGAUUGAAAGGGAAUAUACCAAAUUCCAUGACAGAAAUGAAGAAACUGAGAUUCCUCAGCCUCAGUAAUAACAUUCUUUCAGGAAUUAUUCCGUCAAAAUUCGAGAAAAUAUCAACUAUUAAUGCUCUAUACUUGGAUGGAAAUGAUUUCACAGGGAAACUUGAAUUUUCACAAAGGUUUUAUACAAAAUUAAGGAGUCGUUUUCGAGCUUCAGGUAAUGUGAAACUCUGCUUGUCCCUCGAGUUAACGUCAACAAGUCAUGUUCCAGAAGGUGUACAACAAUGUGAACAAGAAAGCACAGUAGAUAGUAAAGAUUCAGACUCCAAUUUAAAGAACAAAUAUUUGAGUCAGAAUUCCCACCAUAUUAUAGCUUCUUUGGGGCAUUCAGGACAUGUUGUUAGUCAUUUUACAUUUUGUUAUGUCGCAAGAAUAAUACUUAUGUCUCUUCCAUGGAUCGUAUUUUUAUAA